AUGAACGGUGGUGAGCUUUCUCCAGACGAAGGUGGAGUGCGAAACGAUUAUUUGGAUCUUCUCCAGAAAAUAAGACUUCAGAGAGAAGACCUUCUCGAGGACAAGUCUAGAUUGGAGGAGUUAAUAAACACAUCCAACAUGCUGUUUAGGAAGAUCAAAACAUCUUCUGAGCUUAAGCUCGAUGCAAAGAUGAAUGCUCUGUGGACAAAGCUGGCAUGGACGAGGAUGGAAAAAGACAUCGAUUUGGAGGACAUUACAUCGAGUACAUUUGUCGAGUUGUUUAGAAAGAGCCUUCUCGACGACUUCUACAGAUAUGCCAUGAAAUGUAAUGCAGGAAUGAAGUUUCUAAAUUGUUUUUCUCUAGUUUUUUCUGAAGAAGCCCCGAGUAGAAAAAGAUCCCAGGUUCAAAGAUCAAGACAACACCUUCCUGCUGCAGAAAUUCCAGUACUAAUUACUCGGGAAAAGGAUUCUACAGAAGAGUCAGGGAUUCUCAUGCAAAUCAGGAGAUUGGUUUCGGAAAGGGACAGAAUAGAAUACUUCAGGCUUGUAAUUAAUCCAGAGUCAUUCUCAAAGACUAUUGAGAACAUAUUCUAUCUGUCACUUUCCCUAAGGUCUGGAUUUGUAUCCAUGGAAUAUGACGAUGGGAUUCUAUAUGCCAUUUCUAAAACUUCGGAAGAAGGGGAAAUAGGGCAUCUUGCUGUAGAAAUGACAUAUGACGAGUACCUUGAAAUAAUCGAAAAUACCGGGAUAUCCAAGCCGUUGAUAAAAAGUUAA